GCACACUCGCGCACACCCGCGCUCGGGCGCACACGGAGCAGGCACCAGCGCCCGGAGCGAGCCAGCGAGCGGCGAGCCGGGGACCCACCGGGCUGAGCGAGCCGAGCAGCCAGCGAAGCAAGCCCGCCAGGACCCCAAGUCCCCGAGCCCCUCAGCCGCCCCCCGCCGGCCGGUGUCCCCCGCCGCCCUCCCUGACCCAUGGCGCUGAAGCGGAUUCAGAAAGAAUUAAGUGACCUACAACGCGACCCACCUGCUCAUUGUUCAGCUGGACCCGUAGGAGAUGAUUUGUUCCACUGGCAAGCAACUAUUAUGGGGCCUCCUGAUAGUGCGUAUCAAGGUGGAGUCUUCUUUCUCACUGUACAUUUCCCGACAGACUAUCCUUUUAAACCACCAAAGAUUGCUUUCACAACAAAAAUUUACCACCCAAAUAUAAACAGUAAUGGAAGUAUUUGUCUUGAUAUCCUGAGGUCACAAUGGUCACCAGCUCUGACUGUAUCAAAAGUUUUAUUGUCCAUAUGUUCUCUACUUUGUGAUCCUAAUCCAGAUGAUCCCUUAGUACCAGAUAUUGCACAAAUCUAUAAAUCAGACAAAGAAAAAUACAACAGACAUGCACGAGAAUGGACUCAGAAAUAUGCAAUGUAAAAUCAAAAAAAAAUUUCAUAUAUACCAGAGUACUGUAAAAUCUAGGUUUUUCCCCCUCAGCAUUAGCAGUAAAAUGAGCACCAUUUACUGUCUCACUGUACCAUGAAAUCCUUUUGAUUUUUACCCAUUUUAAAUGUAUUUCUGAAGCAAGACAAAACAAACUUCCAAAAAUACCCUUAAGACUGUGAUGAGAGCAUUUAUCAUUUUGUAUGCAUUGAGAAAGACAUUUAUUAUGGUUUUUAAGAUACUUGGACAUCUGCAUCUUCAGCCUACGAGAUCUACAACACAUCUGAAAAGCAACCAAAUUAUUUUUUGCUGAAACUAGAUGUUUUUACAUGAGAAAUACUGUAUGUAUUGUCUAUGAUGUUGUCGGUUUUAUAAAUCUGUAUUCAGAUUUCAUUCUUUGUUAGCUCACUUUAUAAUUUGUAUUUUUUUACUGUAUAGACUAAAUAUAUUCUAUUUACAUGUAUGUCAACUCAUUACUUUUUUCCUGUGAACAGUAUUGAAAAAGCCCAACAGCUGAUAACUAAAUGAAUUAACUGUCCCUUGUCUUAGGGUAUUCUGUAACUCAAUUACAGAUUUCUCAAACCCAAAAUGAUCUUUACACUGUAAUUCUCAGUAUAUUGAUUAUGGAGAAACACUUGUUUUGAUUUUGUUAUACUUGACUUAACUUUAUUGCAAUGUGAAUUAAUUGCACUGCUAAGUAGAAAGAUGUGUAACUUUUAUUUGUUGCUAUUCACAUUUGAAUUUUUUUCUGUAUAGGCAAUAUUAUAUUGACACCUUUUACAGACCUUAAUGUAGCUUUUUCCAUAUAAAUAAAAAGCUUUUUCUACUAUUUGUCUUGAUUACUUAAAAAGAUAAAAAU